UGCCCAGAUGCGGGCGAAGAAAGUUUUUCAUUUCAAUCUCCAGUGAAAGUGAAUGUGUUGGCUGGAUUUAUACGGAAGAAUGUCCUUUCUCCAAAUUUAUGGAUUACUAUCGGCUGGAAAAGGGAUACAUUUCCUUUUGUGGAUGCUUUCACAACAGGAUUGGAAUUGAUCGACAUUUAACAAGUGAAGGAUCUCAGCCGCUUAUCGGUACCUCAGUGAAACGGCAGCUAAGAUUUGGACCAAACGGUAAAAAAACGUAAAAAAAUCGAAUGGAAUGGACAGUUGAAGAUUCAACCGUCGAAGCAGAAGCAGAAAAUCGCAAACCAAAACUCGGACUGGGAUUAGUGUAAGUUGCCGGGGUUAUUGUCGUCGUUUCGAAGGGCAGGGUGGGAAUCGUCCCCGGGGACACACCGGCCGCGUUGUGACAGUGCUGCGCCGCUGAGCCGUUCCCUGCGGGGAAAGCGAAAAGCAGCAGGAGGAGGUGACUGGACACGGCAACGAUGGCGUUGCUGGUAGGGACCGGUGGUGGCUGGCUGGCCAGAAUACUGUUGGCAAACUACCAUCUAGUCAUACUGCUCACGGCGGUCUUCCUGCUCAAAAGUGCCAGCGCUGAUAUAUUAGUCUACGACGAUAUACAGCAGCUGCUGGAAGAAUUCCGCGACUUCCCGGCCACAUUCGGCGAGGACAUUCCGGAGAGUGGCAUCAAGGUGCGAGCCGUCCGCGGUAAACCACAUGAUGGCUGCUCCAAGCUGGAUCCACCGCCGGAAACCGAAAACGGUACCAGCCGCUUUGCGGUGAUCAUUGCGAGAUACAACUGUUCUUUCGAGGAGAAGGUUCGCAAUGCGCAGAAUGCCGGCUAUGCGGUGACGAUUGUCCACAACGUUGGAAGCAAUGAUCUCGAACACAUGUCAGCCAACCAUGCGGAGGAUAUCAUCACGCCAUCCGUUUUCAUCGGCGAAACCAAUGGCCUGUACAUUAUGGAAAACUAUCUGUACCCGCUGUCGUACACCUUCAUCAUUACCGAUGACGUCCCUUUCAACAUAAACAACAAUCUGAUAAUUCCAUUUGCGAUCGUCGUUGGACUGUGCUUCAUUAUAAUGGUGUGCUUUAUGAUCAUCCGCUGCAUCCGGGAGAGAAGGCGGCAGCAGCGUCAUCGACUCCCGAAUAGUGUAUUGAGGAAGAUUCCGAUUGUCAAGUUCGCCAAGGGGAUGCAGUACGACACAUGUGCCAUCUGUCUGGAUGACUACGUGGACAACGAAAGGCUGCGAGUUCUUCCCUGUCAUCAUGCCUAUCACGUCAAGUGCAUUGAUCCAUGGUUGACGAAAAACCGACGGGUGUGCCCGAUCUGCAAACGGAAAGUGUUUGCCCGUGGUGAAAGGAGACCACCUCGCAGGCGUUCCUCGACCGAUAGCAUGUCGUCAACCGAUGCCGAUGAAAACUCUCCACUACUAAAUCAUACCCGGGACCCGGAAGUGGUAGAUAUGAUGCGAUCAUUGAAUAGCCUCGCUGGUGCAACUAGUCCCUCCCAGCAGCAACAGAGCUCGCAACCAGCGGCAGCGGCACCGCAGAGACAACCCCAAGAUCAGCGACAGCGACGUCAACCGAACGAAGCACACGUGGUCAAUAUGACCUCGGACGACGAAGAGAUGCUGGAUGCCCAAUCGCAGGUGCAACCGGGAGGUGGCGGUGUUCCGUGGCGGUUCAAUCCGUUCGACCGUGUCAAUCAGGCCGCGGGUCCAAGCAGCAACCUGGAGGCGGCGGCAGUAGGUGGAUCACCGUACAGUCCGAUCGGGGAGGAUCAGGCGUCCACGUCCACGUGGCAGCGUUUCAUGAGCAAGCUACGUUUCUACCGUCGCUCGGAGCCGACCCAGGAUGACAUCUCGGACGAGGACGACGUCGAUCCGGUCACGACGCCCGAAGCCAGCAGUCGCAUUCCGGUGAACAGCGCCGCCACCAGCAGCAAUAACAUCCUCAACAUCAACUUGGCCGGAUCGUUCCACGGGGAGGAAACCACGGACGACGAACUGGUCGGAGCCAGCAUCCGGGCCGACGCCAAACGUCGCCAAAUUCGCUCGGCCCCGAAUCUUCCGUCCACGUCCAGAGGAAGUGCUGGUGCUGCUGCUGCUGGCGGAGCCGGACGUCUCGGCGUUGCCGCCCUGCCGAACGUUAAUUUUGAUCCCAGCCAACCGUUCGAUGGGCAGCCAUCGUCAUCGUCCGGGCGGCGAUCGAAUCGCUCCGGCGGUGAAAACUAUCCGGUGUAAAUAGUAGUCCUUAGCGCUUAAUAAACACACGAACGGGAGAAGGUAAGUCCAUAACUGUUGUCACCAUAACUUUUAUUUUUAAUCAAUGGAAUGAUUCAACGUUUUGAUAAAAACUAACGCAGAUACAUGAUACAUUAUGUGUGAGGCACGAGUCAAACAAAAAUUUGAAUAUGGUUUGGCGAUAGGGAAAUCAUGAUCGUUGAAUAAAACAUAAUUACGUGAUAUGCGAUGCUUAGAUUUGUGUCAGUACCUUCGAUAGCGGUUCUAGUUUUAGAUUUCUGAUAAGAAAAGAGCAAAAAAAAUGUAAGGUACACCGGGGCAAGUGCAAACGGUUUUCACCAUAGUUCAACUUUCACAUGUCCUAGAAAAAUAUGUAUAUGUUCAAAAAUUAUCAAUUAACGUUCGUUGCAUCACUAAAAUAGUUCUCAACAAAUUCCCGUUGGAAGUGAAAAAUUAAAAAAUGUUGGUAAAAAGUAACGGUGCUUUUGUGAAAAAAUUUCAGAAUUUGCACUUGCCCCGUUUAUGGGGGCAAGUGCAAACGCAAUACUUUUUCCAAACUAAUUGACAGAUGAGUCAGUGUAUCGGUCUUGAAAUGAAUUGAAUACAUGUUCCGGUACGUUUUGUCAACUUUGAUUAAUAUGUUUGCUGUUUUCUUGCAAUAUUGAUAACUUUUUGAAACUCCAUUUUUGGUGACUGUUGUUUUAAGCAAAAAACCUUCAUUUACUAAGGCAUUACGGAACUUUGAACAUCCGCUUCAGAUACAACACUUUGGAUACCCCUUCUGACCAUUUUAAUAUAAUGCUGAACCAUUUUGGUGAUGAAUUUUCUGAAAUGGCUGAUGUUGCAUGGCUUAAAGGUGCGUUUGCACUUACCCCGGUAGUGUCGUUUGCACUUGCCCCACAGUGUGGGUUGACAAGAGCGAAUAUUAUUUUCACAACUUUCGGGGUGUACUGAAAAUUUAUCAUAAAUUUUCUGCUUUCACUUGAAUAUCGGUCUCAAACACUCACCUUUCAACGAAAAUUCGGAUUUAAAUGCCCUUUUUUGUACGCAAAAUAGGCAAAACAAAAACACACUGUUCAUGUCUAGUACGUACUUGAAUUCGCGUGUGAUCGAACAGUGCCGUGUUUUUAGUGAAAAAUUUAAAGAAAGUUUAGUUUAUCUAUGUCAGAUUGUUUGUUUGGGUCUAAACAACAAUUUCUAGAAGAAGAAAUAUUUUUUACUUUUUUUGUAACAGAGAAAAGUUGAACGUUUGCACUUGCCCCGAGUUUGCACUUGCCCCGGUGUACCUUAUAGAAUAAUAAUUGGAAACUUUACUUUUACACUAUUAAUGGAGGAUUGUCAGAUUAAACUAGAAGAAAAAAGCAAACCUGAAUAUUCCAAGCUGAUUGGAACAAAAACAACCUAUCUAAAUGUGAUUGGAUUUUUUUCAAAAAUCAUCAAACUCUCAUGCAUCAUUUUAUUUCGAGGAAAUUACUCCUAACGGUAUUAUUGUGCGCGCGAAACAUUUGUUUGUCUUCUCCUUAGCAAGUGAUCCAUACUUCUGCAAUGGAGCUCGCUUUAAUACUGGAUGGUACCAUCAUAACAUUUACACUAUUCUUUAAAAUAAUCUAACAAUACAAGGAAAAAAACAGUUACAAUUAAUUAAGCCUUUGGUAUACACAUACAUAUUGUUUGAUGAAAAUGUUAGCCAUUAGUUAAUCUUAUAUCCAGAAGGACAUUGAUUUAGAAGCAAAUAUAGUGUGAAACAAAGUCAUUCGUAGCAGUAGAAAAUUUUUCGCAUAAACCGCGAUUAACUAAGAAAAACAAAACAAAUCCCGAACCCACACAGUUUCCGAUGGAGGUCACAAACGCGCUAGCAUCGUUUUGAAAAAAAAAGUGACCUCAUAUACUAGUACAUUAGUCGAAAAAUUUGUGUAACUGAAACAAUAUUGAUGAAAAAAGCAAAAAUCGAAUACGUACUACCAACCAACCAACUGCCAUUCGCUGCCGGAUGGUUUGUGCUAAAGUGUUUCGACGAAGUUGGAAGGUGGAAGAUUUGAACAACAAAAAAAAAACUAAAAAAAAGUUAAAGCAACAUAUAGUGAGUUCUGUUCUCGUCCUUCCCGAAUAACUAUACCUAAUUAUAGAGAUGAUGUUUGCAGAGCGAGCGGAGCGCGCAUACCAUACAUAUGUAAUACCUACCAAACUAUUCAAUAAGAAUUAUUCUUACAAGUAAGGCGAGCGAUCCUGGAGAGGAAUAAAUUAAAUUUUGACUGAA